GGGGUGGACUUUAAGACGUUUUCUACGAAGGGAGGUUUUGAAAGUCUUCAAAUUGAACGCGGAAGGGCCUAGGGCAGAAUUUGGGUGGGAAAGGAGAGAAGGAGGGCUUGGGGAAUGGAGGGAGUGGAGACGUGACGAGGUAAUGUAGAAAGUGAGAGACCGGGAGGAAAGUUUGGAAGGAAGGGGAUAGGGGGCAGUGGAGCAGCACGGGUGAGAGAGGGUUUGGGGGUUCCCCUUUCCUCUGUGGAAAGGCAGCAGAGUUAAGCAGUAUCAGUUGCAGCCAAUUUUAAUUGCCAGGCGCUUAGCUUUUAAUAGGGUGGGAAGGGCAGAAAGGAAUGGUCAUGUGGGUUUGGAGAAUUGGGGUUGAAUGAGGGUUCAACCGGAUCUGCUUUCCAAAACACUCUCUUGCUUACUGCUUCCUUGUUUUUCCUGGUUACAAAUAGGGACGUGGGUAAAGCAAUUUUCUAGGGUUUUUGGUUUUUGUUUUUUCAAUUAGCAUUACAAGGAUGGGGAAAAAUAUAUUACUGGAGCCUUAUACCCCAAGGUGGGGGCUCUGGAAGCCUGAGGAGGAAAUAGAAGAGAGACUGGCAUUUAGGAAGAGACCUGGGAAAUUAAGUUUCUUGCAAAGGACACUGGAGAUUGCAGCUGCUGAGCAGAGAUUCUGGAAAGCACUCUCUCCCUGAGCCUCUAGCAUGGCAGGCCUAAAGCGGCGGGCAAGCCAGGUGUGGCCCGAAGAGCAUGGUGAGCGAGAACAUGGGCUCUACAGCCUCCACCGCAUGUUUGACAUCGUGGGCACCCACCUAACGCACAGAGAUGUCCGUGUGCUUUCCUUCCUUUUUGUUGAUGUGAUUGAUGACCAUGAACGUGGACUCAUCCGAAAUGGACGUGACUUCUUGUUGGCGCUGGAGCGCCAGGGCCGCUGUGAUGAGACUAACUUUCGCCAGGUGCUGCAGCUGCUGCGCAUCAUUACUCGCCACGACUUGCUGCCCUAUGUCACUCUCAAGAAGAGACGGGCUGUGUGCCCUGAUCUUGUAGACAAGUAUCUGGAGGAAACAUCAAUUCGCUAUGUGACCCCCAGAGCCCUCAGUGAUCCAGAACCGAGGCCUCCCCAGUCCUCUAAAACAGUGCCUCCCCACUAUCCUGUGGUGUGCUGCCCCACUUCAGGUUCCCAGAUGUGCAGUAAGCGGCCAGCCCGAGGGAGAGCCACACUUGGGAGCCAGCGAAAACGCCGGAAGUCAGUGACACCAGAUCCCAAGGAAAAGCAGACAUGUGACAUCAGGCUGCGAGUUCGGGCGGAGUACUGCCAGCAUGAGACUGCUCUGCAAGGCAAUGUCUUCUCCAAUAAGCAGGACCCACUUGAGCGCCAGUUUGAGCGCUUUAACCAGGCCAACACUAUCCUCAAGUCCCGGGACCUGGGCUCCAUCAUCUGUGACAUCAAGUUCUCUGAGCUCACCUACCUCGACGCAUUCUGGCGCGACUACAUCAAUGGCUCGUUAUUAGAGGCACUGAAAGGCGUCUUCAUCACAGACUCUCUCAAGCAAGCUGUGGGCCAUGAAGCCAUCAAGCUGCUGGUGAAUGUGGAUGAGGAGGACUAUGAGCUGGGUCGACAGAAACUCCUGAGGAACUUGAUGCUGCAAGCAUUACCCUGACCUUUCCCCUUCUCAUCUUUCUGGGGACUGUUCGCUGUCACCUCUGGAGCUGACAUUCUGUUCUGGGGUUUGUUCUCUGCCCUCCCAACCAAUCACACCCCCCCCCUUUUUUUUUUUUUUUAAAGGUAAAGACAGGAGAGUGGAAGUGGUGUUCCCUACCCCUCCCUGCACCCAUGUGCCUGGGCGUCCCCUCUGUUUCCUGUUGCCACUUACCCCCUAAUGUGUGUCUCUACAGCCACCUUACCACUGAGCCGUAAGACAAGUGUAUAGGGACGGAGUCUAUGGAACAUAGCCUUUGUAAGGGACUGAACGUUGCUUUCAGGUGCAGUGAGGGGUAAUCGAUACUUAUGGCUUUAUGAGGGCUCUUAAAUUUUGUCUGAAAAACCAAAGGGCUGUGAGUAAAGGAGCUAUGUGGAAGGUGGGACUCUGAAGUGUAUUUUGGAAAUUAAUUACCACCUUCUUCCAAAUUAUAGAAUUUUUUAAAAACAAAGAAGCUGUGGCCCUUUCCACUGUCUCCUGGCCUCUGGUGCUGCUUCUUUCUGCCUUUCCUUCAUGACAGCUUGAGACUGGUGUGGCCCCCUCCUUUUCCACCUUGUCAGAUCCUCUUCAACAGUUAGAGAGGAUUGGGCCAGCCUGGUUACCUUCCCAACUGUGGUGUGUGUGAACACCAACACACGGAAUGGGUGGAGUGAGCCUGCUGGCUGAAGUAUACUCUCUCUGGAAAGGAGAAGGGGGGGGUACGUUUUCCUUCCAUUUUCCAUUGAAACUAACAAGUUCACCCUUAUCUACCCCAAAUCCCUUUCCUCUUGCUUCCUUCUUGCUUGAGAGAAAGUGAAGUAUUCAGUAUCAACUCCUCCUCCUGCCUUUCCUCCUAUUCCCAUGCUUUGGAGAGCCAGGUUGGUGUGCACACUGGGCAUUGCACUCUUAGGUAGGGUGGCGUGUUUAAGCCAGGAGGCUUACAAGUAGAGCCCAGCCAAGCAGGUACCACACCACUCCCCUUCCAGCCCCUAAAGGAGAUGUCCAGACAGACAUUAUGAUGAUUAUAUUUUUUUCAAUGCAGUGCUGCUCAGCCCUCAGCGUAACUUCAGUUUUCAUGAAAUAAACAGUGACUAUAUAAAA